AUGGCCAAUACCUACGCCAAGGAGCUCGAGGUCGCCCAGCUGGCCGUACAGCGCGCCACCAUCCUGACCAAGCGCGUCUUCCACGAGCGCGCCAAGGGCACCGUCUCCAAGGAUGACAAGUCCCCAGUGACGAUCGGCGACUUUGGCGCCCAGAUUCUCAUCAUCAGCGCCCUCAAGGCCAACUUCCCGGAUGACGAGAUUGUCGCCGAGGAGGAGGCGGAGCGGCUGCGUGGCGACGACAACCUCAAGCAGAUCGUCUGGGACCUGGUCAGCACGACCAAGCUGGACGACGCGGCGGCGGAGGAGACGCUCGGCGGGGCGGUCAAGGACGUCGAGGCCAUGCUGGACCUGCUUGACAAUGGCAACAGCAAGGGUGGCGCCAAGGGCCGCAUAUGGGCCAUCGACCCCAUUGAUGGCACCAAGGGUUUCCUGCGCGGCGGGCAGUACGCCGUGUGCCUGGGCCUGAUGGUCGACGGCGACGUCAAGGUCGGCGUACUCGGCUGCCCCAACCUGCCCAUCGACGACGCGGCGCCGCUCACCGUCGACAUCGGCUCCAACGCCACCGACGAGGGCCACGGCGUCAUCUUCUCCGCCGUGCAGGGCCACGGCGCGACGAGCCGCCCCUUCAGCACCGGCGCCCUCCAGGCGGGCCAGAAGAUCGCCAUGAAGCCCAUCCAGGCCAUGGCCGAGGCCAAGUUCUGCGAGAGCGUCGAGGCCGGCCACAGCUCCCAGGAUGAGGCAGCCCUCAUCGCCCAGAAGCUCGGCAUCACCAGCCCGAGCGUGCGUAUGGACUCCCAGGCCAAGUACGCCUCCAUCGCCCGCGGCGCUGGCGAUAUCUACCUGCGCCUGCCGACGAGCAAGACCUACGUGGAGAAGAUCUGGGACCAUGCUGCGGGCGACCUGAUCGUGCGGGAGGCUGGUGGCCAGGUGACUGAUGUCACUGGCAAGAGGCUCGACUUCAGCCUUGGGCGGACCUUGUCGGCGAACAAGGGCGUGGUGGCAGCCCCGGCGCCGUACCAUGACCAGGUGCUCAAGGCCGUGCAGGAGGUUCUGGGUCCUAAAUAGAGGCAAACUGUAGUCGAGAUGGCCUGAAUUCUUUUUCCUUAUUCUGACGCAGGAGCAUUUGGGAGAAGAAAAAGUAGAACAGAAAUUAAAAUUAAAUCAAAAGUUCAGAUCUUGAUG